UCGCGCACCGUCUCCCCCUGAGAGCGUAACUGUUCUGACAACCCCACUCGGUGGGUUUUUUUUUUUAAUCAAUUACGCAUCCUGGAAUUUAGGAUGCCAAGGUCACUCGGUAGAAUAACGUGAUAGCCCUGGCCGAUGAAGAUACUACAAGUGAGGAGAGUCUUUCGCAGCAUCAGUAGAAACAUUAGGAUAAAUAGUGUACAGGAGGGCGUAAGCAACGGCAAUUGCGCAAAAGAUUGGAGGUCUCAUGUUAGCGGACAUUAACGGUAACCUGGCGGAUCUGAGAAGCGAAGCGAUGGCGUCGCAGAGGUUUUGUCUGCGUUGGAACAACCAUCAGAGCAAUUUACUCUCUGUAUUCGAUCAGCUGCUCCAUGACGAGGCCUUCGUUGAUGUGACACUUGCUGUCGAGGGACAGUUACUUAAAGCACACAAGAUGGUGCUAUCAGCGUGCAGUCCAUACUUUCAGGCCCUAUUUGUUGGUCAUCCAGACAAACAUCCAAUAGUAAUCCUAAAGGACGUGCCCUACGUCGACAUGCGCAGCCUCCUUGACUUCAUGUACCGUGGCGAAGUGUCAGUCGACCAAGAGCGUCUAACAGCGUUUCUGAGGGUUGCCGAGUCCCUCAGGAUAAAAGGCCUGACCGAAGUUAACGAGGACAAAUGUGAUUUACCAAGUAUAACAUCCUCACUGCUUGGCAAUCAGAACACAGUACCUCCACCGCCACCAAACUUACAUAGAAUAAACCAAAUUGGGCCUCACAAUGUAUCCCACAAGAGGUUCCAUCACAUGUCGAGUCAUCCAUUAUUGGGCUCGGCAUUGACAGCUCCAAAGAGAAAACGUGGUAGGCCAAGAAAAUUGAGUGGCUCAUCAGAUACACCAAUUGGUGAGGGCUCACGUGAGGAUUUGCAGACAUGCUCAUCUGAUCUUGUGCAAGGCUCACCGGAAAUGAUGGAAAUGAAAAUGGGCAUUGAUUUUCAAAGUGAAACAAGCACCGGUGCUAAUACAAGUGGCAAUGGUAAUGCCAAUAACAGUGGUAGUCAUUCGGCUAAUUCAACACCAGGACCAAUGAGGAGUAAGGAGAGUGAACAGCAGCCUAUGGAGAAUGGUGAGCGUGAUACACCCGAGCCCCCUCUAACACCAAGAAUCAAGAGAGAGCCAGAGCCAACGCCAAGUACCUCAGCGCAGGAUUUGCUUCCAACCCUUCCAGCGGAUAUAACCUUCGAGCUCUGUGAGUCCCCCCAGACCCGUGAGGAGAGUCUCCCAGAAUUGACCCAACCCAACAACGGGGAAUCCCCGGACUGUGACAUAAGCGUCGACGGCGCUAACGAGGACAGUCGCCCUGGCGAUACGACUCGCUACAUCAAGACCGAGAGAAUCAGUGGCAUUCACUUUCUCACAGACCAGGAGGAGGACGAGCGCGUGGAACUCCUAGUGCCAAAGUCUGACGCGAGUGACACCGAGCCAGAAGUGAAAAAACAGCUGCUGGAAUACCUCAUACAAAACGACGGUUCCGUAGUCUGCAAGUGGUGCGGUGAGGUCUUGCCAUCGAGGACAAGGUGGUACAGGCACAAGUACAAGCUGCAUGUUACCAGCCAAGUUACUCAACCCGCACCCCUGUUCAAGUGCCACAGCUGUAAUGCGUACUUCAAGUCGCGGAAGGGCUACAUUGGACAUCUCAGCUCGAGACACUCGGAUAAUGAGAAUGAUGAGAACAGGGAGGAGACAGCUAAUAAAAAAUCACGGAGAUCCUCUGAUUUGGGAAAAGGACCGGAUUGGGAGCAGCAGCGUGAAAAAGAAGAGAAGCUCGUUGCGGAUAUAAUAGACCGUGUGAAACGUGAAUGUGAGGCCCAAGGUGAGACCGUAACCAGAAGGGGCUACUCCAGACGUUCCACAGUAAUGAACAGCUGAAUCAAUUAACGAUAAAAGAAAAAUCGAGUGCCAAAGCACGUCUUCUCAAGCAACUCAAGCCAAAAUAUUGAACCGAAAGACCAUUUUUUCUGGUAUAAAGUUCCAUAUAAAAAUAAUCGAGUCUCCACUUUCGCUGUGAAUACGAAACAGAUAUUUAUUUGUAAAUAAACUAAUGAUGAUUGCGCGUUCCAAUCACCGGAUAACAUAAUGAGGAGAUGAGUCUCUCACGUAAAUCAGUGCCAAAUGAAUAACAAGAAGCGAUUGGAUGAAUGAAUCUUCCUUGUAUUUAUGAUGAAUAACGUUAAAGUACCUAUUUAUUAAUUAAACAAGUCUCAGAGACACACCACAUUGUGCGCUCGCUUAAGAGAGCGAUCGUUUGCUCAAGUGUGCAAUAUUGAUGAAUAUAGAAUUAUGCGGGGAAUGCAAUUGUUUUCUCUUGGAUAAUUUUCAAUAAUUGGCGAUCGGGUUCGUUAAUGAAGUAGUGAAGAGGGGGUCAAGGGCUUGCAACUUGUUUUUUUUUGUUUGCAGUGGAUUGGCUCCGGGAGUGGGUUUGGAGGAAAUUUUUUUUUUUUAAAUUGUUUAAUUAUGUUGAUAAUGAGGGGUUUUAGAGGAAAAUUUUAUAAAACAAUUUUGUAGCUAAUUAAAUAGUCAUUUCUCCAGAAAUGUUGAAAUAUCUCGACAGGAAAUAAUUCCACAAAAAAAUGUUGAUGUUGAAUACAUUUUUUUGUAAAAAACCUAGACCUAAAAACCUUUUCCCCACUUGGCCACUUCACUAAUGCCUCAAUCUCUCCUAGUUCUCACUAGUUGUCUCAAAAUCUCACCCCAACAAAUAUUCUUAGACAACUCCUGACACUCCAGUGUCGAUACUCGUCGGCUAGAUAAGUGGAAGUAGCUAGAAACCUCGAGAAAAUUAAGGAAAAAAUCUAGCGUAAAAUUUUAAUCCAGAGUAAUAAGAACCAGAUUAAAGCAAUCGCGAUGAAUUGAAGAUGUUGCGUCGUCGUCGACUCGUCGAUCUGUCCAUUUUAUUUCGAUGGAAUAAUAUCGAAAGUAAUCUCAAUCUCUCUCUCAGAGAUUCGGUGAGAAACAACUCAAAUUUAAACUGCAGUCCUGUCUUUCAUUAUCUCAUCUUAUUUGCAAAAAUAAAUGAAAGGGAGAAAUGAUUGUAUUUAAAUUUGUACAGAUUCCUAAAUGCCGUGAUUUAAUUCGGAGCAGUAGAGAGACUUUUGCUCAUCCUCCCCCUCAAAUUUUGUUAUUACGUCGCUUAUUAAUUGGUUUUCGAUGAAUAUCUUGAAAUCUAAGGCAGAAGGGAAAAUUUUAGGGAAAAUUCGGAGAUAUUCCUCGAAAACACAAAUCGUUUGAGCUAUAUAUAUAUAUACCUGAUAUUUUGUUAUUUAUCGAUUCAUCUGGGUGACCGGUCAUUUAAUGUCAACUACCAUUGAAUAAUGAAUUGUGUGGCAAUAAUUGCGGAGAAAACGAGAUAAGAAACAGUAAGGCUGAUCUUUCACAUAGAGGAAUGCGUUGAGCUCGUGCCAAAUAAAAUGAGAGAGUAUAUUAAUAUUGAUAUAUCAAUGAAAUUAUAUUUAUUUGUUUACAAUGAAGAGGGUAAAUGGCACAGCUGGGUUGAGGGGACUAUAUAUACGUAAUAGUUUGAUAAUUAUUGGGAUGCGGGUUAUGCAUGAUUGAUGAGAAAACAUGUCGGCAAUACAAAAGCAAUAAGUACCUCUGUAAAUCCGUUCGUCCUGAACUAUUCCAGAUGAUAAUGUCCAAAUUUUAAGAAUCAAAAUGUUGAUGCAAUUAAGAGAGCAAUCGCCGGAUUGUAAUGACAAAUGUUUUAAAAUCAAAGAAAUAACUUGACAAAUUUGAGAUUAAC